AUGCCAGUGAAAGUUCUUCCAAUAAAUCAUGAAGCCGUAAAGUUGUUCAGAAAAAAAGCUAUUGUAAAUCAUAAUAAACCUCUUGGUAAUACUGCCCAAAGACAAAUUCAAUCUGAAAAAGUACUUUCACAUUCACUUUUUGAUAUCUCACAUAAUAAAAAUGAUGCUCUUUUUGAAUUUAUGAAAAAAGGUAUAGAAACGAGUUGCAACUAUUACAGUAAAAAUGAAUCAUUAUCUUUAAAAGAAAUUCAAAAUACUGAAAAUGUUUUCGAUGAAUGUCAAAUGUGUUUAAUGAAAAAUAAUAAAAAAGCAAGGGAUUUGUGGAAUGAAGUGUCAGAUGCAAUGAAACCGCAAGCAAAUGAUUUAGUUGGUCAUACUCUUUUAUAUGGUGGAUUAUGGAGAAGAAUUACUCCUGUUGUCUUAAUACCUUGUAUACUACCAUUAACAUCAUUGUCCCUCUCGUUACUUUAUCUUGAUAAUAAAGAUUUACUUCCACAAAGCAUUAUUGACCGUAUUGGAGCGUUAGUUGUUUGUUGGACAGCCGAACAGAAAGCUAUUCGUUGUCUAAAGCUACUUCAAAAUAAAUCAUCAUCCUUUGUUCUUUCUCGUGAACUGAGAAACUUAGGUCAUGAAAAUUGGAUUCCCUCGUCGAAUCCUGAAUGGCUUCUUCUUGAACUAGAAGGAAAUUUUCUAAUUCGUCCUAUUCAGAUUGAUAUCGCUCGAAGUAUGCUGAACGCAAAUGAAAAUUUUGUUCAACAGCUAAAUAUGGGAGAAGGAAAAACCAGUGUAAUUGUUCCUUUACUUGCAGUUUCUUUAGCUACAUCUGAGCAGCUUGUUCGAAUAACUAUUUUACGUUCACUUUUAAACACAAAUUACGAAGCACUUGUAGACAAACUUGGCGGGCUAUUAAAUAAGCGGGUUUAUGUUGUUCCCUGUCGCAGAGAUAUAAUAAUAAAUCCUUUAAAAUUUUUAUCUAUUCACCAAGAAUGUCUUAAACAACGUGGGUUAAUACUUACAACUCCUGAAUACCGAUUGUCUCUUGACUUAAAAACAUUGGAGCAUUGUCGUAAAAACUCAGAUGAUGCCGAACAACUUUAUGAGUUGCGUUGUUGGCUUCGGAAGUACGCUCGAGAUGUGUUGGACGAAACUGAUGAAAUAUUAAACGUUAAAUACCAAGUUGUAUAUACACUUGGCGAACAGCUACUUGUUGAUGGAGGUGAACUUAGGUGGAUAGUUCCUCAAGCAAUUUUGAGGUUGGUUAACAAAUUUGCAAAAGAUUUACUGGAGACAUUUGGAAACGAUUGUAUUGAAUACUAUGACCGCAAAACAUGUUGUGCUGACUCAUUUUCUCAUAUUAGAUUUCUUAGUACUAAUGCAACGAUGUAUAAACACUUGUGUAGUUUAAUUGCUGAUUCAAUUCUUAAUAACGAAAUUCCAGAGGUCUCAGUAGCAGCAAAAUUAGAGCAAAAAGAUAAAGUUGUUGCUCGAAUAUUUAUUACUUCUAAUGACGUAAGCUUUCCAGAUGUAAACAAACGUUUAUCUGAACUUUUUGUUAUGAAUUCAAUUUUAAAGGAAGAGUUAUUGAUUUUAAGAGGAAUACUGUGUUUUGAGGUUUUGCAUAUGGCACUUCAAAAACGCUGGAGAGUUAACUUUGGUGUUAAUCUUAUGAACCCCGUUUCAAAAAUGGCUGUGCCGUUUCGAGCUAAAGACGUUGCUGCAGAACGAACUGAGUUUGGGCACCCUGAUAUGGCUAUAGUUUUAACACAGAUUAGUUAUUAUAUGAGUGGUCUUGAUGACGAUCAGUUAGAUGAAGUAUUUAAAUACUUAGAAAAAUGUACGUACAAAGAUGUUGAGUAUGAAAGAUGGAUUGAAGCAAUUGGAAUUGGUAAUGUACCAAAAGAUCUACAUGUUUUAAAUGGAGCAAACCUUGACAACGUUGAACAAAAAGAAAAAUUAUAUUCAUUACUUCGCAACAGCAUGAAUGUUGUAAACUUUUGGUUGAAUAGAUUUGUUUAUCCGCGAGAAGCCAAACAAUUUCCUUACAGAAUAUCAACGUCAGCCUGGGAUCUUUGUUUAUCAAAAAAUACUUUUGGAAAUGGAACUGAAAAAUGCACUACUGGAUUCAGUGGUACAAACGAGUCUGAGUUACUUUUACCACUGACUAUUAAAAGCAAUGAUUUACCACAAACACAAGGUACUAACGCAAUGGUGCUAAGCUACUUACUUCAAUCUGAAAACAACACUUACUAUCAUUAUAGCUCUAGAAAAAAAACUUUAGAUGAUUGCAUUUUAAAUAAAAUGGUAGAAACUGGUGCACGUGUGUUGAUUGAUGUUGGUGCUCUGAUGUUACAAAUGGACAAUAAAAAUGUUUCUUUGAAAUUGCUUAAAAAGUAUUCUACUAAUUUUUCAGUUUCAGCAGCGGUUUAUUUUGAUAAAGACGAUAGGUUGAUGGUGAUUGAUAGAAAAGAUUGUGUUUGUCCAUUUUCUAUUUCUCCCUAUUCGCAUCGACUUGAUUGUUGUGUUUUCUAUAUUGAUGACAUUCAUACACGAGGAACAGACUUGAGAUUUCCAUUCAAUACUCUUGCAUGUGUUACACUAGGUAAAGGACUUACAAAAGAUCGCCUUAUUCAAGCUUGCAUGCGAAUGCGAUUAUUGGGCAAUGGCCAUCGCGUGUUUUUCUUUGCCGCAAAUGAUGUUCAUUUAUCUAUUAAAAAGCAAAUGAAUUCUAGUACCAAUGCACCAGAAACUGCUGAUGUCCUUCGAUGGACUAUUAAUAACAGUUGUAACACUAUUCGAAAUGGGCUUAUACAGUGGUCUUUACAAGGACUCCGUCGUUCUAUUAAAGAAGCAGCAGAAUCAUUUAUGUAUAACACUAAAAGUAAAGGUAUGAUAAACUUUGAGGACUUUAAAGCACUAGGCACUUGGUGUACAGAAGAUGAAAUAAUUUCUUUACGUGAAUUUUAUGGCGAAUCACGCUUAUUAGAAUCUGUUUCAAAUAUUUUUAUGAAGAAUUUAGAAAAGCGCGUAGAAGUGUUUAAUAAUAAUGACGUAACUAAAUCUUUUGCUGAAAUAAUAUUGUCAAUUGGAACAGAAAUUUCUUCUCGCUGCAAUAAAUAUAUAUCUGGGUAUAAAUGCUUUGCUAACAACUCUGACGAGGAGCAAGAAAGAGAACUUGAAGUAGAGCUUGAGGAAGAACGUCAAGUUGAACGACCUGGAGUUCAGUCUCCCCAUAUUCCAAAAUUGUCACAAGAAGUUAAAGAUAUGGUUGAAAAAGGUUUUUUAUAUCAUGAUAAUCGUGAAAUAUUAAACAUUGAUAAAAUAUUCAAGAAUACAAAUCGACUUUCAAUGUUGUUUCCAAAAGGUUGUUGGAAUCCUGGUUUAAUGGUUAGUAAAGAAUUUACUAUGGUUAUCGAAGAUAACAACGAAGGAGAUGAUUUUCUUUUUGAGAUUUCUUGGUUAAUUGUUGUUCCUCCUAAGAAAAGUUCAGAUUUUACUCGCUGUAUUCUGAUAAGUUCCUUUGAAGUUAACGAGUUGACAACUUUUCGUUCAACACAAAACUGUCUUGUAAAUUUAUUUAUGUUUGCGCCUCGUUUGCAUCGCGGUCAAAAUAUCUUUAUUAAUCAAAAUUCUCUUGUUCUUCCAAGCUCUAGAGAGGUUUUUUUAGAUAACAAUUUGAUUUCCCAACUUUCUAUGAUUGGAGGUGGACUAUUUUUUGUAACAGAUGAGGAGCAGGACGCUUAUUGUAAGUUUCUUGGAAUACAAAUUAACUCAUCAGCUGAUACUGAUAUUUUAGACAAGAAAACUAGUAAAAUCAGUUCACGUCAAGGCAAAAAUUUAAAAUGUAAGUUUCAAAAUAUUCCCAAGUUAAAUGAAAAAUGUGUGAAUUUUGCAAUUGAAGUAUUGCGUAAACGUGAUCGGUGUGUACAGCCAGCUACAUCUUCACAUGUUUGUCAGUUAUUAUUUCACGGAACAAGAUCGUGUUUAGAAUUCACAAAAGUUGAAGAUCAAACGAACGUGAAGAUAGCACCAAAAAGAACAUGAAGAUCGCGCCAAGAAACGCAUCAGAGAUAUAAUAAUUAAAAAAAAAAAAUUAUUGCAGUUCCAAUAAAUA